CCCUCUCUUCUCGAGGCAUUUAACAUCACUUCUCGGCAAGGACCCUACACUCUUUCAAAGAGUUUCGCUGACUGGUGAAACUUUAUUUGGUAGCUAACCCACUGUUAGAUCUGAAAAACUGAAGUUCUCACGGUUUUACAGAAAGAGACUGAAAUAAGGAAGUGCAGCAGCCCGACAGACCCUCAGUAAGUCACCAUGGUUCAGGCUAAGUCAUGGACUCUGGUCAAGCAUUUCGAUGGCUUCCCAAAGGACAGCGACUUCCAGCUCAAGGUGGAGGAGCUGCCUGAACCCAAAGAUGGAGAGGUGCUCUUGGAAGCAGUUUUUCUCAGUGUGGAUCCAUACAUGAGGCCGUUCAGCAGGUUCCACAUGAAGGAAGGGGACGUGAUGAUCGGAACUCAAGUGGCGAAGGUGACGCAGAGUAAAAACCCAGCAUUUCCUGUGGGGAGCCACGUUGUGAGCAACUGUGGUUGGAGGAGCCACUCGGUCAGCGAUGGGGCAGACCUCACCCCCAUCAUGGCUGACUGGCCUUCAGACGUUUCGCUGUCUCUGGCUCUGGGUACCAUCGGCAUGCCAGGGCUGACGGCUCUGUACGGAAUAGAGGAGGUUCUCGGACUGCAGAAGAACGAGACCCUGCUGGUGAACGCCGCAGCCGGGGCCGUGGGAAACGUGGUGGGACAGAUCGCCAAGAUCAAGGGCUGCAAGGUGGUGGGUUCAGCCGGGUCAGACGCCAAAGUGACCUACCUGAAAGAGCUGGGCUUUGACGAGACUUUCAACUACAAAACUGUCCCUUCCCUGGAGGAGGCGCUGAAGAAGGCUGCGCCUGAAGGAUACGACUGCCUCUUUGAAAAUGUCGGAGGUUAUUUUUCAACUGUUGCCCUUCCACAAAUGAAGACCUUUGGAAGAAUAGCCGUGUGUGGGAGCAUCUCCACUUACAAUGACGGCACACCUCAGACAGGGCCUUACCCGCACUUCACGAUGAUCGUCAAGCAGCUCAAGAUGGAGGGUUUCACGCAAAGCAGGUGGCAACACAAAAACCCCGAGAGCCUCAAGAGAAUGAUGGCCUGGCUAAAAGAGGGUAAGCUGAAGUUCAGGGAGCACGUCACAAAAGGAUUUGAAAACAUGCCAGCUGCUUUUAUGGGGCUGCUGCGCGGCGACAACAUCGGCAAGGCUGUUGUUGCAGUGUGACCUCUUGCCAACGGGAGGCGCUGACGAGUUUACGCCUGAAGAAGGCAGUGUCGAUGAAGGGGGUUCAUAGUAAAUUGUUGGUGUAGAUUUCU